GUGUGUGUGUGUGUGUGUGUGUGUGUGUGUGUGUGUGUGUGUGUGUGUGUGUGUGUGGGUGUGUGGGUGUGUGUGUGUGUGUGUGUGUGUGUGUGCAGUCAAAUCCUAGUGCAAAUGCGCAGCGAGAAAGACCUCCCCGGUCCACAUUGGUUCAGUGUUUGGAGCCUGUAACCUGUGGGUCGGUGCACCGCGGUGAAAAGCAUGAAAACUGGGAUCCAGCAGUUCAAGAGUGAGAGAAAGGUGCGCUCCAAAGAACUGAACCCUCAGGGCCGUCAAUAGGGAACCAUGUGCAGCUCCCUGAGUCCCAAACAGCCCUGUGGCCCCGACCUCACAGAUAUGCAGCAGUAUCACCAGUGGCUGGCCAGUCGACAUGAAGCCAGCCUCCUGCCCAUGAAGGAAGACCUGGCCCUGUGGCUCACUAAUAUUCUUGGUCUGGAAAUCACCGCUGAGAGCUUUAUGGAUCGCUUAGACAAUGGCUUCCUGUUGUGCCAGCUGGCUGAGACACUUCAGGAGAAGUUCAGGCAAAGUAAUGGAGACCUGCCUCCCUCUGGCAACAGCAAGAGUAUCCCCUAUCAGAGGAUACCAUGUCGGCAGAGUGCUCCCUCCGGUUCCUUUUUUGCACGGGACAACACAGCCAACUUUCUGGCCUGGUGUCGUAAGGUUGGAGUUGGAGAUACAUGUCUGUUUGAGUCAGAGGAUUUAGUUCUUCAUAAGCAACCACGAGAAGUGUGCCUCUGUCUUUUGGAGUUGGGACGGAUGGCAUCACGCUACAAUGUGGAGCCUCCUGGCCUUAUAAAACUGGAGAAAGAGAUUGAACAAGAAGAGAAAGCACCUCCACCACCUCCAUCACCUGUGUCCCCAGCUCAGCCCCUUCCUCUAUCUCCCUCUUUAUCUCCAUCCCUGUCUCCUUCCCCAUCUCCAACUCCUACCAAAGUCAAUUCCAGCAAGAAAAGUACAGGGAAGCUGUUGGAUGAUGCUGUAAGACAUAUCGCUGAGGAUCCCCCCUGCAGAUGUCUGAACAGAUUCUGUGUAGAGAGACAGUCACAGGGUCGAUACCGUGUUGGGGAGAAGAUGCUUUUUAUCCGGAUGCUGCACAACAAGCAUGUGAUGGUGCGUGUUGGUGGAGGCUGGGAGACCUUUGAGAGCUACCUUCUGAAACACGACCCAUGUCGUAUGCUCCAAAUCACCCGGGUGGCGGGUAAGAUGUCACCCAUCUGCAGCAAGUCCCCCAACAUCAAAGACCUCACCCCUGACAGCUACCUGGUGGUGGCAGCUCACUACCGCAGCAAAAAGUGAAGACAUGGGACAUGUGAAACCUGCCACUUAUACAAGGACACAGAAGAUGACUCUUUACAUUGUUAACUCACUAAUGGAUAUAACAUUUCCUUUUUUUUAUACAUAUUAUGGCUGCAGACAUCAUAAAAUGGAUGUUUGUGAGCAGAUUAAGCCUGGAAUCUCACCGGUAGGCCUUAACAAUGUGCUUCACUGAGUUUUACAGAACUGAAUAAUGUGUUAAUCAUUACAAUAUAAAUGAAUUACAAUUUAGUUGAUCAGGCCUACCUGGCUGUUAAAAUUGUUUUCUGAAUGAAAUCAAGUAAGUAGAGGUUUCAGGGUCCUUAAGAAGCUAGUCUUCCUGGACAACCUGGUGUAUGUGAUAGUAGAAAGCCAGUCAACACUUUUCACAAGAGCAAUGUAUCAUUUGUCUCCCUUUUUUAAUUUGUAAUUUGGCUGAUAACGUUAUCGUAACUGCCUAACAGUACAAUGAAUACAGAAGUGGCUGUAGUCAGCACCUCAAGUAGCAAUUUGAACUUUGACAAGAGAAGACUAAGUGGAAACUUUUAUAUAUAUACUUCUAUCGUAUUUUUGAAAAACUGCCAAACCUCCACUAGAAUCCAAAUAUUGAUCUUAAAAUAGUUAUGGCUUUCUCUUUGUUUUGUUUUUUUGUAUUAGGCUAAAAAAAUGAAAGCAAUGUUUACACCGUUUACAUGUUAAAUGAUUAUUCUAUGAAAUGCAUUUUUAUACUAUUAUCAUUUUAAUAAUUACUUAUUUGGAAACCUCCUGUUUUAUAUCAUUUCUAUUGUAAGAACAUGGACAAUCACCUGUAAAAGAUGCAGUAUUUAGUUCAUUGAUUUAUGAUUGAUUCAAGGUUUUGCAAUUAUUCAGUGUGUUGCAUGUUACUGACCCCUAGAGGUAGUGCCACCAUUGAGACUUAAUCUUUGUUUAGUUUCUUACAUUUCAUAGAUUCAUGACAUUAUCAUUAAAUGUACUAAUUUGUGGAACUUUUUUCCUGGAAAAAAUAAUAGGUUGGAUCAAGAUCACAGAGGCAAAACCGUCCAAUUUCUGUUACAGAUCUAAAUAUUCAAUAAAUUCUCAAAAGUUUCAUAAGUCGAAAUAUCUAGUCUUUAAAUAUUUUCAGCAGGACUGGGUAACUCUCCUGACCCAAAAUCAAAACUUUAGGGAGAAGUAUGCUUUUUUUUCUAGAUUUUUUUAAAUAUAUGCAAGACUGGAAAAAUACUUGGUAAAUAUUUAACAGAUCAACUGCAACUAAGGAAAGUUCUGUAUAUAUCUAUCUAUCUAUCUAUCUAUCUAUCUGUCUAUCUAUCUAUCUAUAUAUAAUCAUUUGAACCAAUUCUAACUCUUAUCUGAACUUGAAUCAUCUUUCUAUAAAACUGCAAUUGUCGUGAAAUCCACACAAAAGUGGCAGAAAUGUGAUUUAUUGUAGCAAAUAACAUUGGCAAAUUUCCUGUUCUACAAAAUGCAGAGAGCAUCAAGUGAAGGCUUAAAAUGCCCUCAGUUAAGCAAGUCAAAGUAAAUACUUCACUGCAUUCAGUACACUUCACUUGUUCUAUUCCUUCAGUUUUUUUCCUAUUUCCAUUUUAGUUGACAUGAAUCUCUCAUGAGCGAGCAUGUUGGCUGUUUACCAAAUGUUGAAAAGCUGUGCAAAGAGAUGUCUAUCAAAAGCUUCUGUUUAUAAUACGGGAAUUCACAAACAAAUUUUACAAAUAUUAAAUUAAGCAGGCAUCACAUCAGUGUUUUGCAUACAUUAUAAUUCAAUGGAACAAACUCAAAUUGUGCUGA